AUGAAUCAUCUGCACUCGGAAGAAGAUAAUAAUAGCUCUAGAAUGUCUAUAUCGCAAAGUAUAGUGUCAUCCAUAGAGAGAUAUGAUGCUAAUGACUAUAGCGAAAAUUUGCAGAAUAACAUAAAAGAUCAGCAGCCCACUCAAUACUAUGCUAAUAAUGCUAGCCAUGAUGAAAACGAUAAUAUCGGCAAGGGUGCUGAGCCUACCGAUGAAAACCUAUCGUUAGAAAAAUCUGUAACCAAUUUAAGAAAAAACAAAGAGCUUUUAGUGCCCAGAAAGAAAAGAAGAGGAUUAUUAGCUCAGUUAGCAAUUGUGCCUGAAUAUAAAGAUGCUCGAGAUUAUCCACCUGCAGUUAAGAAGUUUAUUGUUUUUCUAGUGGCAUAUGCUUCUAUCAUGGGUCCUAUGGGUACUUCAAUCAUUUUCCCCUGUAUAAACGAGAUUGUCGAAGACUUCAAUACAACAACUAUUAAAGUUAAUGUUUCGGUUGGUAUCUAUUUAUUAAGUUUGGGUAUUUUCCCAUUAUGGUGGAGUAGUAUUUCCGAAUUUCGUGGCAGAAGAACGGUUUACGUAAUUUCUUUUACUCUAUUGUUUGCUUUUAAUAUUGGCUGUGGUCUUUGUAAAAAUAUCGAAAGUUUUAUUAUACUAAGAGUGUUAUGUGGUGGGUCCAGUGCCAGUGUUCAAAGUGUGGGUGCUGGUACCAUUGCUGAUUUAUAUGCUCCCGAGCAAAGGGGUAAGAAUUUAGGGUUAUAUUAUUUAGGCCCAUUGAUGGCCCCGCUUUUAUCACCAAUUUUUGGGUCAUUAUUAGUUAACAGAUGGAGUUGGAAAUCUACUCAGUGGUUUAUGGUUAUUUUAGCUGGGGUUAACGUGAUUUUAUUGAUUUUACUGUUACCGGAAACUUUAAGACUUCAAGAUAACAAACAAGCCAUUAUAAAUGCAUUAAGAGAAAGGAAAGAGGCUAGUAGAAAACAUAAUUUAGAAGUAGCAGCAGCAGCAGCGGCAGCAGCAUCAAAUUCAUCUACUUCAACUUCUACUGCUGUUUCGGAAGAAGAUGUCGAAUAUUUUAAAAUGCACAUCAACGAUAAUAAUAAAACUGCCACUACUAAAUAUAAAGAUGACGAAGAGGAAACAGGCAACAAUUAUAACAAUAACGGCAAGAAGAAAGACCACGACCAAGUCAAUAUUGAUGAACGUGUUAUUGAGAGGGUUUUAACAUCUAAUAGAGAGAAUACUCUAACAAACGAAGAAUACAACGAAGACAAUAACAGCGAGGACGAACAAAAUCUCCCACCUAUUUUAGAUCCCUUAACCCCGCAAAUCACCAAGAUAACAACACGCAACAGACAUGAUAUCAACCUAGAAAAGGAGUUGCGCGAACAAAACAUGGAAAAAGUGCUAACAGAAAUAGACGUGGAAAUAGGACAGGAACAAGAAACUAAUGAAGAUACUGAAGAAAAGAAAUCUAAUUGGAAACACACGUUAUACAUUUAUCUGAUAAAACCUUUGAAAUCAGUUGUUUUCUUGAAGUAUCCUCCCGUUGCGUUAGCUAUUGCAUUCUCCUCAAUCACAUUUUCAUGUGUGUAUUUUGUGAACAUAACAGUGGAGUAUUCAUAUUCAAGAUCCCCAUAUAAUUUCAGACCGCUAUAUAUCGGUCUAUUAUAUAUUCCAAAUUCUGUCACCUAUAUUUUAGCCUCUAUUUUUGGUGGUAAGUGGGUUGACCAACUAUUGGUUGACUACAAAAAAAAACACGGAUAUUUGGCUCCACAGGCUCGUAUUUCUUAUAAUGUUGUUGCGUCAGUUAUUGCAUUCCCUGUAUCGUUGAUUAUAUUUGGUUGGUGUUUGGAUAAAAAACAACACUGGGUUACACCAUUGGUUGGGACUGCGUUGUUUGGGUUUGCAUCGAUGAUGACUAUCGGUGCCGUUGUUUCUUAUUUAGUUGAUUCCUUGCCUGGAAGAGGUGCCACCGGUGUUGCAUUGAAUAACUUAAUUAGGCAGAUUUUUGCUGCAGUUGCUGUGUUUGUCGAUGAACCAAUGCUUCUAGGUAUGACAACAGGCUGGGCUUUCACAAUGUUAGCAUUUAUUGUUUUGGGUAGUAGUGUGGUUUUAAUUAUCUUAAAGAAAAAAAGUGACUAUUGGAGCGAGCAUUAUGAUUUAGAACACUUGUAUGAAAUUGUUUCAAGAUGA